AUCUGAUCUGCUCUAUCUCCUUCUGCGCCCAGUCUUGUUUACAACAAGCUUUUUUUGAAAAGUGAAAGCAAGCUUUAGAAUUCAUGUUCACUCUAAUUCCAAGAAAACUACAAAUUUAUAAAGAAACCUCAACAACACCAAAAAGAUGGGCAACUGUGCUGGUGCAAAAGGUUCAGGCCUGACGGCUGAUCAGGCGAACAGUGUGAAGGUCGUUCAAACUAUGUUCGGCAUGUGGGGUGAAGGCAAAUUCAAGACCGACCUGCCGGAGGGUGAGUGGACUGCCAACAUGGAAUCUGUGUUGACCAAGGACUGCGUGUGGGAUUUUACAGGUCCGAACCUCGCUAAGUACAAGAAGUACGAUGGUGUGGCGGCGUUCAAAGAGUGGAUGGCAUUUUUGGAGAAAUUCGACUUUCCGAAUAUGGUGCCGCAAUUCAUCGCGGGACCGGUAUCUUUUCAUCUACAAGUUACCUGUCCUUUUUGUUCUUCUGAUUCUUGUUCUAUCUAUGUUGGUGGAGUUCUUUUGUGGAAAUCAGGUAAAGUCAAUUUCUCACUUCUCUAGUGAUGUUUCGACGAUGAAGAGUAAGGAAGAGACAGAAGUAGAACUACUCGACCCUCAACACGACUGUAGAACUAAUCGUUCUAUCCUAGUCCUCCAAACCCCCUUUUCAACAGGCGGGAAGCAACAUGGCCUUCAUGUACAUGCAGUAUGAUGCCAAGUACGGUGAGAACGUCGUGAUGAACGGCAACACUGACGUUUUCGUUUUCAACGUUUCUGGCUCUAAGAUCAAGUCCUGCAAACAGUACUGGGGAAAGGUAAUAUGGUUUUAUUUUGUGCAGGACGAGCAUGAUGAUCAAGUUCUAAUUUUAAAUUUUUUUCCUACCAGGACCAGCAUGAAUCACCUACUUAGUACCAGAAUCAUUCAAUGGAGAUCAUCAUCAUCUUGUUCAUGAAAAUAGCAUCAUCAAGCCCCAACCUCCACCUCAAAACAAUCAUGAUCAGGUUGGCGAAAUCAACGAAAAGAUGGGCAAGGAACUGAAUGAAGAUGCUUAUCAAACCGGUGACCAAAAGGCCAAUAUGGGAGUGAUUAUGACAAUGUUUGGCAACUGGGGAGCUGGAAAAUACAAAACAAAUUUGCCUGCAGAUGAGUGGAAGGCCAAUGUUUUGUACAACUUGUUCUGAGUUAUUUUAUCUGGCCAUUUCCCCCAUUCUUGGACUUGGUAUUGCUUUUUGUUCUAGUAGUUAGAGAAAAUAGACAUGAACAAGGAGCAGAAUUAAAGCUAAACUACUAGUAAACCUUGUAGGUCGAGAAAUCUAUUGUUCCGUCUUUAUUUAACACUUUGAACUCAAGAUUACAACUACUUAUUUUAAAGUUUAGUCGUGGUCUUUCAAUCCAAAUAUCAAACUCUACAGGCAAGUGUGGUCGCCUGAUGUGGCUUUGGACUUUCGCGGACCAGCUUCGAAGAAGUACAAGAAAUACAACGGCGUGGAUGACGCCAAGAUUUGGAUGGAGUAUCUGGAUGCCUGCGAUUUUCCCAACAUGGCUCCAACCUUCUUCCCGGGACCGCCGGUACUGGUUCACUGAAAAUCAAUAUCAUGACUCAACAUUGAUUCCACCCUUUGUUGACUUAUCAAAAAAAUCAAUCUUAUAGAACGAUGAAUAUAACUCGUCCAAUACUACAGAGUGAUCAAUACCAAACAACUCCCUCCACCACAAUAACAGCAUGCUCUACUUGAGGUAACGACAUAGCUUCUCUACGUACACCUUAACCGAAGUCAUCUCAUGAGAGAAGCAACAAUGACUGAAGAAGCACCACAUUAGGAUGGUCAGGAAAAUAAGUGGGAUUGUUCAUGUAGAUCAGGUCAUGCACAUGAGCAGAAGUGCAGGAUCAGGAAUGAUCGUCACAAUAAAACAACAGGGCUCCGGCAAGGUUUACAUUCGCAUGCAGUACGAUAUGAAGUACAAGGAGGCUUCGUGUGCUGGUUUGACGGACUUGAUGGAAUGGACUGUCAAGGACGGCAAAGUCGUUACCAUGCGUCAGCACUUUGGCGACCCUGAUGUCCUGAACGCCACCUACGGUGAGAUCUGGGCGGCCGAAGACGCAGAGCAGUAAGAGAAAGAGUACUUCGGUAGGCUCGUUGCAGUACUACUUCUAUUUUGGUCGGUAAGUACUUUAUGUCAUGGUCAUGGAUAUUAGUAGAAGAUGUAGAUGAUGAGAAGGUCAAGAACAUAUUACUGACUAUUGAGUACUUUUCCAUAAAAGCAAGAAUGUCUUUAUAAGUCUUUAAUAAGAAAAGGAAAUGGAAUGGGGAUCAAGAAAAAGGACCAUCUAACUGUUCUUCUAUUCUAAUCUUUGCGGAUUCUACAGGAGAGAUUUGUAUAUCAUGUCCAUUUUUUGCAUCAUGUUCGGGCAUUAAUGAUGCUGCUCAUAGAGCAGAAGGAAAUGCUGUCAAUGUCAUUUGCACAGAAAAAGAAAUGAAAUUCUUCAGCUUUUUUCAGGUGGAACCUCCAUAAGCAAAAAUUAUGCAGAACUUUUAAAGUGAGUUAUCAUCAAUAUCCAAAUAUGUUUAUGUUGAGGAACGCUUUCUUCAUGAAAUGUACAGUCGUCAGCAGCUGUCUCUUAGUACGAACAAUACGAUCUAUCUCUAUUAAAUAAUGAAAAUGCACCAUUAUAUUUAUGUUACAAGUAAUUCAAAUUCUACUGGGGGGGAGUCACAUGCAAUAAUAGCAAUAUUCUUGUUUGAUCGAAGACGUCGCGUACGUCCCUGGAACCUCAUCGCAAUUAUCAGGUUCGGGCUGGAACUUUCUUCGCAUCGUUGAAGUUGUUGUGAGUAGGAAAAGACGGACUACUACUUAGGAGGUUAGAUAGACCACAAAAAAUCAUUGAUUUUCACAGAUGCGAAUGUUGAACCCUUUGGUUUCUUUAUUGAUUCGUUAGGGGAUGGGCGAAAGCGUAUGAGGAGAUUGUCGCUACAACUAACAAUUUUAGUUACAAGAGCUAGUGAUCUAAGUACUAGUCAAGACUCAGUCUCAGACAUUCUGCGAACAUGAUCAAUCUCAUCAAUGUCGCGAGAUAUGCUUCUGUACAGCCACAGUCAACUAUAACGUCUUUGGGGGAGCAAUAAAAAUAACUGCAGCAUGC